AUGGCUAACAGCUUCAUCGCCUAUCUUCGGGGCGACCAAAAUGCGCCAGGCGAGCGCAAGCUGGUGCAGAAGCUUGACUUCUUCAUCCUUACUUUCUGCUGUCUCAUGUACUUCCUGAAUUAUCUUGAUCGCACCAAUCUCAACAAUGCAUACGUCUCUGGUAUGAGGGAAGAGUUGAGCUUCAAAGGCAACCAACUCAAUCAAAUUAACACCGUCUUCACUGUAGGGUAUACCAUAGGACAGGUGCCAUGUAACGUUUUACUCUACUACAUCAAGCCUCGCUAUUUCUUCCCUGCAUGCAUGGUAGCAUGGGCAGGCCUAACAAUGGUCACUGCGGCCGCUCAAAAGCCUCAGGACAUAAUGGCAAUCCGCUUCUUCCAAGCGCUAUUUGAAUCAUCGACGUUUGUAGGAACUCACUACAUCCUUGGUUCCUGGUACACUGAGAAAGAGCUAGGAAAGCGCUCCGGAAUCUUCACCGCAUCAGGUCUUGCUGGUACUAUGAUUGGCGGCUUCAUCCAGACAGGUAUACAUAGUAGCAUGGACGGUCUUAGGGGGAUGAGUGGUUGGCGAUGGCUCUUUAUUAUCGACGGAAUCAUCACACUACCCGUAGCCGUCUACGGUUUCCUCCUCUUUCCCGACACUCCAAGAAACACACGAGCGCCCUACCUCAGCGCCUCAGAGAAAGCGCUAGCCAUCUCACGCGUCCCCGAAGUCUCAGAGCGCACUCCGAUAUCCUUGUCCUUUUUGAGACAUUGUUUCUCAACAUGGUACUGGUACUUCUUCGUCAUCCUCUGGAUUCUAGCCGGAGAAACAGAGUCUUUCAGCACAAACGCCUUGUUGCAACUGUACAUGCGCUCACAUCCUACAAACACUUAUACCGUAGCUCAGAACAAUAAUUACCCCACCGGAGUCCCCGCUGUCGGUAUCGUCUCAACUUUGUUCUGGGCUACGCUGACUGAUUUCAUGGGUGGCAAACGUUAUCUCGUCGGCUACUGGAUCGGCAUAACCGGCAUCAUAACCUCCUCCCUCAUUCUCGCCUACCCCCAGAAUACCACCAUCCACUUCGCAAUGUACUACUGGGCAGGCAGCGUGUAUGCUUGCCAAGCCACCUUCUUCGCCUGGGCCAACGACGUACUACGCUACGAAGAAGACAGUCUACGUGCCGUGGUCAUUGCAAGCAUGAACAUGGGAAGUAAUGCCAUCAACGCAUGGUGGAGCAUCGUAUUCUAUGGGGCAAAUUUCGCGCCGUACUUUACUAGGGGUAUGUGGGCUAUGAUUGCCGUUAGUAUUGCUAUGGCGGCCUGGACGGCGGCGUUGGCGUGGAUGCAGGCGAGGACUGAGAGGAGGAGGAUGUUGGAAGGGGGUGUUGUGCAUGAUGCCGUCAGGGGUAAGGGUGAGGAUGAGGGGACAUUUGGGAGAGGAGAUGGAGAGAAGGCGUAG